AUGCAGUUCUCUAUCUCCGCCAUUGCUCUUGCCUUCGCCACCAUGGCCGCUGCCAUGCCCACUGAGUCUCUCCAGGCCCAGGAGCACGGUGGUGUUCGCUUCCCCGUUCCCAAGGGAAUGACCGUCAAGGAGGCUCAGGCCAAGUGUGGUGACCAGGCUCAGCUCUCUUGCUGCAACAAGGCCACCUACGCCGGUGACACCACCGACAUCAACUCCGGCAUUGGUGGUGGCCUCCUCGGAAACCUGAUCGCUGGUGGCUCCGGCUCCGACGGUCUCGGCGUCUUCGACCAGUGCUCCAAGCUGGAUGUCCAGAUCCCCAUCCUCAUCGCCGUCCCCAUCCAGGACUUGAUCAACCAGAAGUGCAAGCAGAACAUUGCCUGCUGUGCCAACUCUCCUUCCACUGCCAGCAGCGACCUCAUUGGCGCCGGUCUUCCUUGCGUUGCCCUCGGCUCCAUCCUCUAA